AAAAAAAUUUUUUCAGAUCCGAUUUCGGUUAAUACUUAUAGAAUCAAACCAUGUGCUCUCCGUGCGGCCCUUGCAGUCCCUGUGAUCCCUGCUGCGGUCCCUUUGAGUGCUCGCCCAAGUGCUACAAUGCAGCCCAAUUGGAGGCCUUGCCACAAUGUGCUCCGCGCAUACCGCCUCCCUUCCCCAAGUGCAUCACCGUCCAGCAGCCACCGCGGAUGAUCUGCAAAAAGCGAGUGGUCUUCACGGAAAAGAUUGUGCCGGAACCGAUGGUAGUGAACAGAUGUCGGCAGAUCACGAUACCAAAGGUGGUGGAUGCCACAAGAGUCAUCAAGGUGCCCAAGCUCAUUUGGGUGUCGCAGAUGGUGCGAGAGCCCAGGGUUAUCUACUAUCCCUCGAUGAUCCCCGAUCCCUAUGUGGUGUGCUAUCCGAAGAGGGUUUGCGAGCCUCGCGAAGUAUGCCAGUCGAUCCUGUGCCAACCGAAGCCGCAGACCAUCGAUAUUCCUCCGCCAAGGGAGUACUGCUGCUAUCCGAAUGGACCCAUCAACUACAAACCAAGUGCCGCCUGUCCACCCUGCCCGAUUGGACCGUGUGCCCCCGGAGGACCCUGCUGCCCACUGCCCUGCUUCUCCACCAAUCAAUAUCCUGUCGCUGAGGGUAGAUGCGGACCCUGCGGGCCAUGUGGACCUGGUUGCGGACCUUGUGGACCAGGUUGCGGUCCCUGCGGACCUGGCCCCUGUGGACCCUUCGGUCCAGGCUGCGGUCCAUGCGGACCGUGUGGACCCUGUGGACCCGGACCUUGUGGCUUCGGCCCUUGUGGUCCUUGCUAAGCGGGGAAGCAGCUGCCAGAAACAUCCUGUGACGCACCUACGUUUUGGAAGUCCGUAUCCGCACCAAAUAUAUGCCAGUCCAAAAUAGACUUUGCAAGUUUCGUACAUAUAUUAAAGAAAUGCGUUUGAUAAAAUA